AGUUCGGCCGUCGUCGGGACCGCCGUACCAGUCUGCCUAGCUCCGUGGCGUUAGUAAUUAGCAAGCAUGGCGACCGCACAGUGAUAAAAAUAUAAUUUUUAUUUUUUUUUUUUUUUGAAGAGAGAAAAACAUCAAUCGACUCUGUGCGCGGCACUCGAAGCAUAUCGUAAUAGAGGGGUGUUUGGAUCUAUUUUAAAUGUUCCUGUCCAAGAUCGAAUCAAACAAUCGGACUGAUGUGCAGCUUAGGGUUCAAAACACGCAAUAGUCCAUCGCAGAAAACGUCAUUGCGUUGGGGCGAUUGUUGUCCGCUGUGGUUUUGAGCCAACUGCACUAAAACCCUCAAUUCGUUGGUGAUAUUGUUACCGGAAAUGUGUUAGCGAAGCUGAUCCAGAGAGAGUACUACUUGAAGACGAAAGCGAGAACAGUCGACCGGAGGUCAAUUUAAUUACAAAGAAAACCACUCGUCCGAUAAACCGUCCACGAUGAACGUCGUGGGCGUCAUAUCUAUAGUUUUCUUCUAUUGCCUAAUCCUGUCGGUCGGACUAUGGGCCGGCAAGAAAAAACACACCGGAAACUCGGAGGAAGAAGUAAUGCUGGCGGGCAGAAAUAUUGGGCUUUUCGUCGGCAUAUUUACUAUGACGGCAACCUGGGUCGGCGGCGGGUAUAUUAAUGGGACGGCAGAAGCGAUUUACACGUCAGGCCUGCUAUGGUGUCAAGCUCCGUUCGGAUAUGCUCUAAGCUUGGUCUUCGGUGGAAUAUUUUUCGCCGAUCCGAUGCGCAGACAAGGGUAUGUCACUAUGUUGGAUCCGCUUCAAGAUUGUUUUGGCGAACGUAUGGGAGGACUGCUGUUUUUACCAGCUUUAUGCGGUGAAGUGUUUUGGUCCGCCGGGAUAUUGUCUGCUUUGGGGGCCACGUUGAGUGUGAUCAUCGAACUGGACCAGGCUACCAGCGUUAUUUUGAGCUGUUGUAUUGCAGUUUUCUACACCAUUUUCGGAGGACUAGCCAGCGUCGCUUACACGGAUGUCAUUCAACUGUUUGCUAUCUUCAUAGGACUGUGGUUGAGUGUGCCGUUUGCGUGGUAUAACAAGAAAGUCGAUUUCAACCAGCCUGGUUUGGAUUUGGUCGGCGAGAUCAAGGGAAAGGAUUUCUUGAGCUACAUAGAUUACGCAUUGCUGUUGGUGUUCGGUGGAAUUCCGUGGCAGGUCUAUUUCCAGAGAGUGUUAUCCAGUAAAUCUGCUGCACAAGCUCAGAUACUCUCAUUUGUCGCUGCUUUUGGAUGCUUCAUCAUGGCAAUACCACCGGUCAUUAUUGGAAUGGUAGCAAGGGCUACAGAUUGGAAUCAGACGAAAUACGAAGGACCUAUGCCAAUGACUCAGAAGGAAACUAGCAUGGUUUUGCCAAUGGUUAUGCAAUAUCUAACUCCAGAUUGGGUGGCAUUUUUCGCAUUGGGCGCGAUUUCUGCAGCUAUUAUGUCUUCGGCCGAUUCCAGCGUUUUGUCAGCCAGUUCUAUGUUUGCGCGAAACAUCUAUCGGAUGUUAUUACGACAAAGUGCAUCAGAAAUGGAGAUUGUCUGGGUCAUGCGAUUAUCCAUCGUAGUCGUCGCCUUUUCCGCUACGACUAUGGCAAUUACUAUCCCGUCCAUUUACGGCCUGUGGUCCAUGUGUUCUGACCUAGUUUACGUUAUCCUAUUCCCACAGUUAACUAUGGUAGUUCAUUUCAAACACUAUUGCAAUACAUACGGGUCACUAGCUGCCUACAUAGUAGCAUUUUACAUACGAAUGGCUGGCGGCGAACCUCUGUUGGGUCUGCGUCCUAUGAUACACUUCCCAGGAUGGGACGGUGAAAAACAACUGUUUCCGUUCCGGACCACAGCUAUGCUCUGUUCAUUGUUUACGCUGGUAUUCGUCUCGUGGUUUACAAAGUGGUUAUUUAUCAACGGUAAGUUGGCACCGCACUACGACUGGUUCCAUUGCGUGGUGAACAUACCAGAAGACGCUGUGCGAGUUGGAGAGCCACACGAGGGUGAACAGAUGACUACGCUCACCUCAGGUCCGAUGGGGCCGCAGUACGGUGCCGCUGUGACCACCGGUCUGGUCGGCAAAGACGAAAGGAACGGCAGAAUCAACCCGGCACUGGACAUCAAUGAUGACGAACCGACUACCACUACCGCGGCUGUUCAGAGAAAAGCCAGCGUCGUGGGAAAGGUGUACAAGCAGGGGUACGAACAGACGACCACCGGGUUUUGAGUCGGCCCCGUUUUGAUAGGAUCACGAGAAUUAUCGUAGUAGCCCUCUAUUCGCAACAUAUUGUAACCUAAAACCCUUAAGUCUAAUACAACAAUAAUAACUAUUCACAAAAUUGGACCGGUAUCAACACGUUUGGGUAUGAAUUAACAUUAAAAAAAAAUAUGGAUAUUGCACGAUUGAGAGCAUCCGUACUUUUUAUGUGUGCUUACCAUUUUGAGCACAUGUACUAUGUUUACGUCCAAUGAUUAUUGGCUUCCGACACUAGUUCAAAAACACGGUUGAGGACAGUAUAGUUUAAACAAUUG